AGCAGCAGCAGCAGCAGCAGCAGCAGCAGCAGCAGCAGCAGCAGCAGCAGCAGCAGCAGCAGCAGCAGCAGCAGCAGCAGCAGCAGCAGCAGCAGCAGCAGCAGCAGCAGCAGCAGCAGCAGCAGCAGCAGCAGCAGCAGCAGCAGCAGCAGCAGCAGCAGCAGCAGCAGCAGCAGCAGCAGCAGCAGCAGCAGCAGCAGCAGCAGCAGCAGCAGCAGCAGCAGCAGCAGCCUAUAUUUGUAUCCACUGCAGGGCGAAGGCCUCUCCCUGCGAUCUGCAAUCACCCUUGGCUUGCGCUAG